UCUGAUUACAUUCCCAAAUCACAUCAGAGACAGGCAAAUAGGCCGCACCCGGCCGCUGCACUGCUGUCUCUGCGUUGUCGGUUUUGCUUUCUUUUCUUCUUCCUCCCCCGUCCCCCUCCCCAUCUGUCUCUGAAUUUGGUAAUGGCUUCGUCAAGCUCCGGAAACUCCAUUCCCGCUCCAGAAGCGGUUCAGGUCCUAGUCUCGUCGUUGGCCGAUGAAUUUGCCAUGGUCAGAGAAGCCUCCAUGGCUUCUCUCAAGGACAUCGCUCUUUUGAACCCACUUCUGGUUCUGGAUUGUUGCUCUGCGGUUUCGCGAGGCGGGCGCCGGCGGUUUGGGAAUAUGGCCGGUGUGUUUCAAGUAAUGGCUGUUGCUAUCCGUGCUUUGGACAAGAAAGGCGCUGAUCCUGCCGACAUGGCAAAGCUUGCCAAGAUUGCCACGGCUGAGAUGAUCUCCUCUAAGGAACUAAAUGCUGAUUGGCAAAGAGCUGCUGCAGGUGUGCUUGUUGCAAUAGGCUUGCAUUUGCCAGACCUGAUGAUGGAAGAAUUAUUUCUUCAUCUAUCUGGGCCAAAUUCAUCUCUUCCAGCUAUGGUUCAAGUACUUGCAGACUUUGCUUCUGCUGAUGCAUUGCAGUUUACUCCACGCCUCAAAGCUGUACUUACACGGGUUUUGCCUAUACUUGGAAAUGUUAGAGAUGUCCACCGACCAAUUUUUGCAAAUGCAUUUAAGUGUUGGUGUCAGGCUUGUUGGCAAUAUGGUGUAGAUUUCCCGUUAUUUUCACUUCUUGACAGUGAUGUCAUAUCAUUUUUAAAUUCUGCCUUUGAGCUUUUAUUGAGAGUUUGGACAACUUCUCGAGAUCUAAAGGUGCACAUAUCUUCAGUGGAGGCACUGGGUCAGAUGGUUGGACUAAUAACUCGAACACAACUGAAGUUGGCUUUGCCAAGACUUAUUCCCACCAUUCUGGAUCUGUACAAGAAAGAUCUUGAUGUUGCCUUUGUGGCUACGUGCAGUCUUCACAAUCUCCUUAAUGCCUCUUUGCUGUCAGAAACUGGUCCUCCUUUGCUUGAUUUUGAGGACCUCACAGUUAUUUGUUCAACGCUUCUUCCUGUGGUUUGCAUUAAUAAUGACAGUAAAGAACGUUCUUCAGUUUUCUCAGUGGGAUUGAAGACCUAUAAUGAAGUUCAACGAUGCUUUUUGACGGUUGGGCUGGUAUACCCUGAAGAUUUGUUUGUGUUCCUUUUGAAUAAAUGCAGGUUGAAGGAAGAACCUUUGACUUUUGGUGCACUUUGUGUCUUAAAGCAUCUGUUGCCAAGGUUGCCUGAAGCUUGGCAUAGCAAAAGAACUUCACUUGUUGAAGCUGUGAAGCUGUUACUAGAUGAGCAAAGUUUGGGUGUUCGUAAAGCGCUUUCAGAGUUGAUUGUUGUUAUGGCUUCACACUGUUACUUGGUCGGUCCAUCUGGGGAGUUGUUCAUUGAAUACCUUGUACGCUAUUGUGCUAUAUAUGAUAAGGACAGAAAUGACCUUGAGAGCUCAAAGGAUGGUUUUAAGUCAAGUGGCACAAAUUAUGCUUUCCCGCAUAGGAGAUAUGAGCUGAAGAUUGGGGCUCUUUGUCCAAUAGAGUUACGCUCCAUCUGUGAGAAAGGUCUUCUUCUAGUAACCAUUACCAUUCCUGAAAUGGAGCAUAUCCUCUGGCCCUUUUUAUUGAAGAUGGUCAUACCAGGAUCUUACACCGGUGCAAUAGCCACGGUUUGCAGAUGCAUCACAGAAUUGUGCAGACAUAGAACUUGUGGUAAUUCAAUGCUUGCUGAGUGUAAGGCUCGAGCUGAUAUUCCAAACCCAGAGGAGCUUUUUGCCCGCUUGGUGGUACUGCUGCAUGAUCCUCUUGCCAGGGAACAACAGGCAACUCAGAUUUUGAAUGUUCUAUGCUAUCUGGCACAUCUCUUCCCAAAAAAUAUCAACCUGUUUUGGCAAGAUGAGAUUCCAAAAAUGAAAGCCUAUGUGAGUGACCCAGAAGACCUAAAGCUGGAUCCUUCAUAUCAAGAAACUUGGGAUGACAUGAUAAUGAAUUUUCUUGCAGAAUCAUUGGAUGUGAUCAAAGAUACAGACUGGGUGAUUUCAUUGGGGAAUGCUUUUGCCAAACAUUAUGAACUUUAUAAGCCUGAUGAUGAGCAUUCUGCUCUGCUUCACCGGUGCCUUGGCAUGCUUCUUCAGAAAGUUGAUGACAGAGCUUAUGUUCAUCAUAAGAUUGACCUGAUGUAUAAACAAGCCAAUAUUUCGUUCCCAACUAAUAGGCUUGGUUUGGCAAAAGCUAUGGGAUUGGUUGCAGCAUCCCACCUGGAUACUGUUUUGGAAAAACUGAAAGAAAUUCUGGAUAAUGUUGGCCAAAGUAUCUUUCAGAGAUUUCUGUCUUUUUUCUCUGAUCGAUCUAGGAUGGAUGAUUCUGAUGAUAUACAUGCUGCUUUGGCACUAAUGUAUGGGUAUGCAGCAAGAUAUGCUCCUUCAACUGUCAUUGAAGCCAGAAUAGAUGCCCUUGUGGGGACUAAUAUGCUUUCACGACUUCUCCAUGUGCGCCAUCCUACAGCAAAGCAGGCGGUUAUAACUGCUAUUGAUUUGCUAGGUCGUGCUGUUAUUAAUGCUGCAGAAAGUGGUAUAUCAUUCCCACUGAAAAGAAGAGACCAGUUGCUUGACUAUAUAUUAACUUUGAUGGGCCGUGAUGAUGAAGAGGGCUACGCUGAUUCUAGUCUUGAACUUCUGCACACUCAAGCCCUUGCAUUAAGUGCCUGCACAACUUUGGUAUCUGUAGAGCCCAAACUAACAAUUGAAACAAGAAAUCUUGUUAUGAAGGCAACUAUAGGAUUUUUUGCUUUGCCAAAUGAUCCUGCUGACGUCGUCAAUCCCCUUAUAGACAAUCUUAUCACACUCUUAUGUGCAAUUCUUCUCACAAGUGGAGAGGAUGGAAGAAGCCGAGCAGAGCAGCUUUUGCAUAUUCUGAGACAGAUUGAUCAAUAUGUUUCCUCACCUGUGGAAUGUCAGAGAAGUAGAGGAUGUUGUGCAGUGCAUGAGAUGCUUCUAAAAUUUCGAACACUAUGUGCCAGUGGAUAUUGUACACUUGGCUGCCGAGGGAGUUGCACACACAGCAAGCAGUUUGACAACCCUUCAAGUCGCAACUUUUCAAACUUACCAUCUGCAUUUGUAUUGCCAAGUCGUGAUGCCUUGUAUUUGGGGGACAGGAUCAUAGUCUAUCUUCCAAGGUGUGCAGACACAAAUUCCGAAGUUAGAAAAGUUUCUGCUCAGAUUCUUGACUUAUUCUUUGUUAUCUCUCUUUCAUUACCAAGGCCUGUAUCAUCUAAUUCUGGAACAGAUUUAGAAUCUUCAUACAAUGCUUUGUCCUCGCUUGAGGAUGUCAUCGCUAUCUUGAGGAGGGAUGCUUCCAUAGAUCCAUCAGAGGUUUUCAACAGGGUUGUUUCCUCUGUCUGUAUUUUACUGACAAAGGAUGAGCUUGUAACUACCUUGCAUGGUUGCUCUGUAGCCAUAUGCGAUAAGGUCAAGCAAUCAGCAGAGGGUGCUAUCCAAGCAGUCAUUGAGUUUGUUACCAGGCGAGGGAAAGAGCUAAAAGAAAUGGAUAUAACAAGGACAACCCAGUCUUUGCUCAAUGCUACAGUCCAUGUAAAUGAAAAAUACUUGCGUCAAGAAACAAUUGGUGCUAUAUCAUCCCUGGCUGAGAACACCAGUUCAAAAGUUGUAUUCAAUGAAGUGUUGGCUGCUGCUGGUAGGGAUAUAGUUUCAAAAGAUAUUUCUAGGUUACGUGGUGGCUGGCCAAUGCAAGAUGCAUUCUUUGCAUUUUCUCAGCAUACUGUACUUUCAUUUGUGUUCCUCGAGCAUGUAAUAUCUGUCCUUAACCAGAUGCCUGUCCUUCACUGUGAUUUGGAUAAAGGUGACAGUUUGAAUGAUUCCACUGAUAGUCCCAUUGACAAUGUCAUCCUGCAAGCAGCUAUUUUUGCCCUCACUGCCUUCUUCAGAGGUGGUGGUAAAGUGGGAAAAAGAGCUGUUGAACAAAGUUAUUCUUCUGUUUUAGCAGCACUUCUACUCCAACUGGGAAGCUGUCAUGCUUUAGCUAGUUCUGGUCAACAAGAACCAUUGCAGGCACUUCUGACUGCAUUUCAGGCAUUCUGUGAAUGUGUUGGCGAUCUUGAGAUGGGAAAGAUUUUGGCCAGAGAUGGACAACAAAAUGAAAAUGAGAAGUGGAUUGAUCUUAUUGGAGAUUUAGCAGGUUGCACUUAUAUAAAAAGACCAAAAGAGGUUUCAUCCAUAUGCUUAAUUUUGAGUAAAUCAUUAAACCGACCACAAAGAUUUCAAAGAGAAGCUGCAGCUGCAGCAGUUUCAGAGCUUGUGCGCUACAGUGAUGGUUUUGGUUCUUUGUUGGAGCAGAUGGUUGAAACAUUAUGCCGGCAUGUAUCUGAUGAUUCUUCUACUGUUAGACGCCUUUGUUUAAGGGGACUUGUACAGAUACCAUCCAUCUAUAUAAUGCAGUACACUCCUCAAGUGCUUGGAGUUAUAUUAGCUUUGCUCGAUGAUUCAGAUGAGUCAGUUCAAUUAACCGCAGUGUCAUGCUUGCUGAUGGUUAUUGAGCCAUCGGCCAAUGAUGCUGUUGAACCUAUUUUACUCAACCUGUCAGUUCGGCUUCGUAAUCUUCAAGUAUGCAUGAACACCAAGAUACGAGCCAAUGCCUUUGCAGCAUUUGGAUCUUUAAGCAACUAUGCAAUGGGGGCACAACAUGAGGCUUUCCUUGAGCAGGUACAUGCUGUCCUCCCACGCUUGGUUUUGCAUCUUCAUGAUGAUGAUCUCACUGUUCAACAGGCUUGCAGGAACACCCUGAAAAAGAUUGCCCCUUUAGUGGAAUUGGAAGGAAUAUCUGCACUCUUCAACACGCGUUGUUUUAACUCUGACCACAGAAGUGACUACGAAGACUUUGUCAGAGACCUGACAAGGCAGUUUAUCCAACAUUUGUCUCCCAGGGUUGAUUCUUACAUGGCAUCAAUUAUACAGGCACAUGAUGCUCCUUGGCCAGUUAUUCAAGCAAACGCUGUGUACUUCUCUAGCUGCAUGCUUUGCCUAUCAGAUGAUCAACGCAUCUCAUCUCUGUAUUAUCCACAGGUGUUUGGUAUGCUGGUAAGCAAAAUGAGUAGGACUCCUGAUGCAAUUGUUAGAGCAACUUGCUCCAAAGCUUUAGCCUUGUUACUGAAGUCGACCAAUUCACUCUCAUGGAGAGCUGCUCGUCUUGAUCGAGUGGAAUCAGUUAGGAGGAGCUAUGAUUAAGAGCCUGAUAGGAAAUAGCAGAUUGUGAACUCUUCGUGAUGAUGUUUACGCGAGUGAUCUUGAUUGGGUUUGUAUUUCAAUCUACAUGAAGCAGUGAUAUCAAGGAAAGCCAUACUUCUAGUUAUACAUGCUCCUAAGCGAGUCACCGGAGGGAGCCUGGUUCAGGAAUCCUUGUAGCUAUGUUGUCUUAACUGGCAACUAAAAGAACUAUAGUCAAAUAGGCAUGGUGUUCUGUACAGUUCUGUAAUUGAUUUGUUCGGGCUUGCUUUAUAAAUUGAUGAAUGUCUCUGGGUCAUCUUUAGUUGUUGAAACGAAUGUUUGAAAUUUGUAGUAUAUGUUGUUGUACACUGAAAUCGACCUCACAUAGUGAGAUAAAGGUCGGAUAUGUUGUUGUUUAUGUUAUGCACUGAAGUUGGAACACAAAUAUUGUUUCUCUUAUUAUUGACAAGAAUAUGGAGUCGAACUUAGGCGGCAUAUGUCAUUAGGCAGGAAGCUCAAACAAUGGCUCGAAACUUUUAUCAUAUCAUUUAUAUGUAUAUUAUUUUAGUGAUAUUAUUUUUUUUAAUAAACAUUUCACUCUAAUAUUA